GUACUAUAUGGGGCUAAUCUUGUUGCGCUCAUGAAAAAAGAUGGCGGAAUACGACCAAUUGCAGUCGGAAACACAUUUCGGCGCCUCACAUCAAAAAUUUGUUGCCGUGAAUUUCAUUCCCGUCUAACAAGCAAAUUUAAACCUUCCCAGCUGGGCUUUGGACUUAAAGGAGGAUGUGAAGCGGCAGUACAUGCGACUCGCUCUUUUUUAGACAGCCAAAAUUUCGAAAUUCUUGUGAAAGUUGAUGUUAAAAACGCCUUUAAUUCCAUAGACCGAGGCAUCUUAUUGACCCAAAUUGAAAAUGAUUUACCAGAAAUUUAUAGCUACCUUUGGCAAUGUUAUGGGACCACUUCAAAGCUCAUGUAUAAAAAUAAUGAAAUACUUUCUUGUGUAGGAUGCCAGCAAGGAGACCCACUAGGGCCCGCAAUUUUCAGCCUAGCCAUCCACCCCGUCAUCACUCAGCUCACAUCGGACCUAAAUUUCUGGUAUUUAGACGACGGCACCAUCGGUGGCAUUGGAUCCAAGCUACCCUCCCGAUCAAAUACGGCGGUCUUGGUAUCCGUUUGACGGGCAGUUUAGCUCUCCCGGCCUUUUUGUCGUCUGCCUAUAGCACGCUCACCCUCAUUGGUGGUAUAUUACGUACCCCUUCAACCACUAAUGUGUCGGUGUCGUGCCUGGCGGACGCUGAAUCGGCUUGGAGUGCAGACCAUCCCGUCGAACAGGUACCAGAGGAAAAAUCUAGCCAAGCAACAUGGGACAUCAUAAAUAUAAAAACGCAACACCAACUCCUACUACAAAACUGCCAUAACAACCACGAACGGGCGAGGCUAUUAGCCGUUUCCGAAAAGGAGUCAGGACAUUGGCUGCACGCGCUUCCAUCGCGAAACCUUGGCUCCACUCUAGAUCCUUCAACCCUUCGCAUCGCUGUCUGCCUCCGCCUGGGCCUAAAAAUAUGUGAGCCCCACGCCUGUAGUCGAUGCGCUCAACCUGUUGAUGCUCUAGGACGGCACGGCUUACAUUGCCAAAUGAGCGCAGGCCGACUAUAUAGACACGCCACAUUAAACGACCUCAUCCGCCGCGCCCUUUGCACCGCCUCUCUACCCGCAACUCUGGAGCCGUCAGGCCUCUCUGCCACAGACGGCAAGAGACCUGACGGCUGCACUCUUGUGCCCUGGAGCCUUGGCCGCCCUUUAGCGUGGGACGCUACCUGCGUCGAUACGCUAGCACCGUCCCACGUUGAGGGAUCGGCUCGGAAGCCCGGGACUGCCGCGGACCAGGCCCAGACACUAAAGCGCCGCAAAUAUGCGUUCCUAACGGACCGAUACGAUUUUGCGGCGCUCGCCAUUGAAACGCUGGGCCCAUGGUCGACCGACACCAAACAGUUAAUAAAGGAAGUGUCGGUCAGACUAAUAGGUGUCUCGGGCGACCACAGGGCGGGCUCCUUCUUGGCUCAAAGUUUAAGUCUGGCGGUUCAAAGGGGCAACGCCGCCAGCAUUCUAGGUUCCAUUCCAGAAGCGGGCAGCUUUGGAGAGAUAUUUUAUAUUUAG